CUGUCACCCAAGGAGUCUAGACAACUCGCUGUCACCCCUGCACAUCACAGACCAGCAGGUCUUGAUCAGCUGACUGCUGACGGAGCCAAGACGGCACGGGUCAAGAGCAACAGGACGGGGACAAGUCCGAGUUGCCUUGCCGGCGUGAUAAUAAGUCUGAACACAGACAGGGGAAGACAGGGUGGAUAAGAGAGAUAACAGUCCAAACUCAGUGGACACAAAUGAGGUUUGGGUGGUGACAGCCAGCCAAUGAAACAGUGCUGUGGAUCUGUUGACCUGUAGUGCCUGUAGAGGAGAGUCAUGAAGACUGUGUGGCUCCUUAAGUCCAGCGAGAGCAGUGAUGGGCGCUACAGAGAUGCCCUGACUGAGGCUGGGUUCUCGGCAGUAGUGGUGCCAACACUCUCCUUCCAGUGGUGCAAUGAGAGGGUUCUGAGGGACGCCCUGCAGAAGCCACAGGACCACACAGGGAUCAUCUUCACCAGCCAGCGUGCAGUGGAGGCAGUGGCAGAGAUCUAUGGCAAGCUGGAAGUAAGCAUCCACCAUCAGUGGAGUGAAAAAAAGGUGUUUGUCAUUGGUGAGGCAACACAAAUGGCUGUGCAAAAACUUCUUAAGCUGCCAAGUAUUGGCCAAGAGUCAGGCAAUGCCCAACAGCUUGCCCCGAUCAUCAUCAGGGAGACAAAACCAUUUGACAAGCCUCUACUCUACCCAUGUGGCAGCCUAGGACGGGACGAAUUACCAAAGCUGCUGGCACAACAGGACCGUGACUUCCGAGCCCUCACCACCUAUGAGACAUCCCCACACUGCAAUCUCCGCCAAACUAUACAGAAGCUCAUUGCAGCAGGUCAGAUGCCUCAUGUUGCAGUAUUUUUCAGCCCCUCAGGUGUUAAAUUUGCCCUGCCAGUGUUUGAAGAGCUCAAAGUUUCCACAACAGGUGUGAAAAUUGUUGCCAUUGGCCCUACCACCAACACAGCCCUAGUAGAGCACAAGCAGCUUGUGUGGGGAGUGUGCCCCUCCCCAAGCCCUGAUGGCCUCAUGCGUGUGCUUGCUGGUGUCCAUUAGAUGCAGCUCAAGGGAAUUAUAGGAUUUGUACAUUUUUUUUCUAUUAAACCCAUGAACACAG